AGGCUUGCCGGGGCGGGGGCGCGACUCCCGCUGCCGAGCGCCGGUUGUCUUCAGCCGCGGUGGCGGUGGCCGUGGCCGCGGCUCCGCGUCGCGCGCCAUGCGACUCCUCCGCUGGUGGCAGGUAGUGCUGUGGGUGCUGGGCCUUCCGGCCCGCGGCCUGGAGGUUGCAGAGGACAGUGGCCAAGCGUGGCGGGAAGAGCAGCCUGGCCCCUCUGUCCAGGUUGGAGCUGUGUACCUACAUGAAGAGCAGGCUGCUCAGGGCCAUCGGGGCCAGGUGAGGAUGGCGGAGCCCACUGAGGCCUCUCCAGGGCUGGGUGCCCGCAGAGAUCCCAUGGUGGUGUUGUCAGUGAUUCCUGGGACGUCUGAGGACCACCGGAGCACCGAGGCCCUUGAUGGCACCUGCAGUGCGCUGGGAGAGGAGGACCCGCGCUGCGGGCUGCACGGGACAGGCGGCUUCCCAGAGCGGGAAGAGGAAUACUACUCUGAGCCUGGAGUGGCCGAAGCUGAGCCCGAGCCGUCUGCCACCGAGGAUGCCAACAGCACUGACAGCCUCAAGUUCCCCAAGGUGAACUGCCAGGAGAGGAAUGUGACAGGGCUAGAAAACUUCACUCUGAAGAUUUUAAACAUGUCCCAGGACCUCAUGGAUUUCCUAAACCCAAAUGGCACUGACUGUACACUGGUCCUCUUCUACACCCCGUGGUGCCGCUUUUCUGCCAGCCUGGCUCCUCAUUUUAACUCUCUGCCUCGGGCAUUUCCAACUCUUGCCUUUUUGGCACUGGAUGCGUCUCAGCACAGCAGCCUUUCUACCAGAUUUGGCACUGUAGCUGUCCCUAACAUUUUGCUGUUUCAAGGAGCUAAACCAAUGGCAAGGUUUAAUCAUACAGAUCGGACUCUGGAAACACUGAAAAUUUUCAUUUUUAAUCAGACAGGUAUAGAAGCCAAGAAAAAUGUGGUGGUAACGCAAGCUGACCAAAUGGGCCCUCUCCCCAGCACUCUGAUAAAGACUGUGGAUUGGUUGCUUGUAUUCUCCUUAUUCUUUUUAAUUAGUUUUGUCAUGUACGCUACCAUCAGGACUGAGAGCAUUCGGUGGCUGAUUCCAGGACAAGAGCAGGAGCAUGCAGAGUAGAGGUGGAACUGAAGUGCAAGAGGAAGAAUCUCUCUCAGCCCUUCCUCAGACAGUCACAGACUUUCUCCACUGAAACGCUAACUUGCAGCAAAAGUCAGAUUUAAUAAUCAUGUUCCUGUUAAACUACUGAAAGGCUGAAAAGAUUACAUUUGAAUGGGUUUUUACUGUGACAAUUAGCAGAUGCAAAAGUGCUCACUAGAAUUGACUGUGUUGCUUUUGACACUUGAACAUAAUGAAUUUUUCUUCUAGUGUCGUUAAGCAGGGAAGUGUUGUGUGGGUGAGUGUGGGUCUGUAAGUAGCACCCGAUGGACAAUAAAAAGUUCCUUGCCCCUUG